GACGUGGUUAGCUUUACCAAUAUUAUUUAUUUAUUUAUAAGGUGAAAGGCUCAAGAGCUGAACGUACAUUGUGAAAAAAAUUAGAAAUUGAGAGCUUUUGGAUAUACGAGAAAAAAAAAAUGAUGAAAGUUAACGUGAAACGAAUGACAGAGAAAGAAGAAGAAGAAGAAACGUCGUUCCCUGUUAGCCCAACGGGGCAGUACUUCACCAGCUCCGCAUUGUCGAUUUCAGUCAUUUCUGUUUUGGAAUCUGAAAUUCCUAUAGAUGAUUCUUGUACCAUGACAUUGCUUAAGGAUGUUUUCCUCCCCAUUAAUCCUCGCUUCUCUUCUAUUAUGGUGAGAGACAAAAAUGGGGUUAAACAAUGGAAGAAAGUGGAAGUGAAAUACAAAGAUCACAUAAAUGUGCCAAUUUUCCCAGAAGGAAAAUCAAAAGAAUUCUAUGACAAUUGCUUCAACGAAUAUUUAACCACGAUUGCAAUGGAACAACUUCCACAAACCAGACCAUUAUGGGAAAUUCAUUUAUUCAAAUAUCAAACAAGUAAAUCAGCUGGAAAUUUAGUAUUUAAACUUCAUCAUUCACUUGGAGAUGGAUUUUCUUUAAUGGGAGCACUUCUUUCUUGUUUACAAAGAGCUGAUAAUCCUUCACUUCCCUUAACAUUUCCAGAAUUUAAUAGUAAUCCAAAUUCUGGAAAUGAUUAUAAAAAGAGGUUUUGUACUAAUGUGGCUCAAAUGGUAUCUGGGGUUGUUAAUACUUUCUUGGAUUUUGGAUGGAGUUUAUUGAAGAGUACUACACUUGAAGAUGAGAGGACACCAAUUAGGUCUGGGGAUGAAGGUGUGGAAUUUCGACCUAUUGAUAUUAGUACAAUGGAUUUCUCUCUUGAUCAUCUCAAGCAAAUUAAGACCAAUCUUAAAGUGACUAUCAAUGACGUUAUAUGUGGAGUAUUAUUCCUGGGUGUAAGAUUAUACAUGGAAGAAAUGAAGUAUGAGCAGAAAAAUGCAAAUUCAACAGCAUUGGUGCUACUCAAUACUAGAAAUAUUGCAGGAUAUAAAUCAGUAAAAGAGAUGUUGCAGCCAGGCAAUGAAUCCAAAUGGGGAAACCAAUUUGCAUUUUUACAUGUAUCUGUUCCAAAGCUUGAUAAAGGAGAGUUCUCAUUUAAUCCUCUUAGCUUUGUGUUUAAAGCACAAGAUGUUAUCAAGAGAAAAAGAAACUCUGCUGCUGUUAUUCUUACUGGCAAAUUGCUUGAUACUCUGCAAAAAUACAGAGGCCCCGAGGUAACGGCAAAAUACAUCCACAGCACGUUAAAGAACUCAAGCAUGACAAUAUCAAACUUGAUUGGGCCUAUGGAACAAAUGGCUUUGGCAAAUCAUCCAUGUAAAGGCUUGUACUUCAUGGUUGUUGGUGUUCCUGAGAGUUUAACCAUAACAAUGAUGAGCUACAUGGGAAGGCUAAGGGUGGCAGUGGGAACAGAGAAGGGACUCGUUGAUCCUCACAAGUUCAAGUCCAGCAUUGAGAAUGCAUUUGAUAGGAUUUGCAAAGCUGCUGUCCCUUCCAAACCUGCAAAUUAAUCCUUAAAAAUGUGAAUGUUGUUGUUGUUACGUUGUUGUUGUUCUUUCAUAUGUUGUGCAGACUCUCCAAAUGAUGCCUCACUGAUGUCAGAUCUUCCAAUAAUACAUUACUUUUGGAGAAUCUGACACCCACCCGACGACAUUUCUGGAGAAUCCGAACAACAUAGGCUCUUUCUUCAUUUUCUGUUGUUCAGAAGAAGAACAAAAUCAUGAGCUUAUCUGAUUCGUAAUUUUAUCUUUUAAGCAUUGGAAAUUGCUCUGUAAAGCUUUUACAGGCAUCUUGUAUUCAUUUGUUAACUGUGUAAUUUUCUUUUCCAUUCUACUUGUAUUCUUUUAUAGCAAAGAAAACCGAUUGAUGAUA